UUCAGUCUUUACCGUCGGUACUGUAGAGGAACCUUUGCUCUGCGACUCGAACAUUUUAUUGUGGCGGACCAACAUGGCCACACUAAGGAGGGGGGCUGCCUACCUCAGUUUCCUCAGGAGUUCUGCUCGUGUCCUGUUCAGCUGCAGAAAAUCUGCAGUGCAAAAACCGGGGAGAUGGACGAAUGUUCUGUACACGAGUAUAACGUCUUUAACCGUCGCUGGCGGGCUGUGUGCUGUACCUUUUAAACAGGUUGAUAACCUCUCUCAUGACUCCCUGAUCAGACGAGCAGCCUCCCUGGUAACAGACAGUUCAAGCACUUUUCUCUCACAGACCACCUUGGCUCUCAUAGAUGCCAUCACAGAAUAUUCAAAAGCGGUGCACACACUCAUUGCUCUCCAAAGACGAUACCUGACCUCACUGGGAAAACUGAGUCCAGCAGAAGAGGAUUCAAUCUGGCAGGUGAUCAUUGGUCAGCGUGCAAAGGUUAAUGACAGACAAGAUGAAUGCAAGCGUUUCGAGUCAACCUGGGUCAGUGCAGUUAAGAUGUGCGAAACGGCGGCUGAGGCAGCGUACACAUCAGGAGCGGAACAUGCGUCCGUCACGAUGAGGACAAACAUUCAGGUGGCUCUGUCGCAGGUGGACGAGGCACAGAAACUAUCACUGGAUGCAGAUAAGAAGUUAGCCGAGACUAAAGUGAUGGAGAUUGAAAGGAUGGCACAAUACGCUGCCUCCUUACAGAAUAACGAUGAGGAAGAGGUGCCUGAGGCUUAUCUGAGAGAGGACUGAAACAAAAAAACACAGAAUGAGAGCUGGAGAUUUUGUCCCUCAUCACUUACACUGGAUGCACACUGGGAUAUGAUCUCUCAGUUGCCAGUAUAAAAAGGAAGAGUGAUGGCAGCAAGCAAAACCUGUCAGUGUUCAAGUGGGCACCAUGGACAGGCUUGAAAAUUGUGAACCUGUCCUCUAUUUCCAGCAGAUGGCAAUCUAAAUCCAUUGCAGUACAUUUUUAUGCUUGAUCGCUUCAGUUGGGUGCACUGCAUUUGCAGUUUCAUUUCUAGUCAAUUGAAAUGUAUUUAGUGGAGUCACUAUUUCAUAUUGUACUUUUUUAUUACUAAAGAUAUGACCUCCACUGUUUUCUUUGAUGUUUAUUGCUGUGAUUAAAUGGGAGUGCCACAUUGUUAGACAACCUGUAAUGUGAAUAUACUACUUAUACCCUG